AUGAUGAAGUCUGCGACAGGCGUCGGUACUCUAAAUGUUACAGCGAAGAUGGAUUGGAGUGAGAUGGCAGGCGAUCUGUGCGCUAUUGAAUGUCUAGUUGGUUAUUGGAUGAUUCUAAGAGGAAUAGAAUUUGAGGUAUGGUGGGGAUGGCAGCAGAAUGUGGUUCGGCGAGACGGAGGACUAGCUAAGGAUUGUCGUCAAGGGUUCGAUUGUCCAUAA